AAGGUUACCUUCCUGAAUUGAUAAAUCUUGUAGGAUGCAUACUACCAAUUGUUGACACUGAAGAUUUCAAAUAUAGGAUCCCGACCUCAAUUGAGGUUUUGAAAUGGUUAGGUGUUAGACAGGAAACAGAUAUUCAAUCAGUUGUUGGUAAUUUAUUGCAGAUAUCACAUGAAUAUAUUACAUCAGAACCAACAUCCAGUGAUAUGUUUCCUGCAUUAGAAAAAUCUGUGUUAAAAAUGUAUGACUAUAUUUUAUCACACGCAAAUGACAAAGUUAAUGCUUACAUUGAAGAGAAAUUAAGAAAUGCAGCAGUGAUUCUACAAGACACCACAAUGAAGAAACCACUAGAGAUGUCGCUAGAAUUAUUCAGUGAUCUUUCUCCAUAUUUAUAUACAAUAAGCCCAAGAUAUAAGAAGUAUUCAGAUUUUUUCUGUUUAAUUGGUGUAACAGAGAAACUAACCAUCUCCAAAAUACUUGAGGUUUUAGUAUGCAUAGACAAUGAUAAAGGUAGUGAAGAGCUAUCUGAUGCUGAAAUAACAUGUAUGGUGCAUCUAACUGAGCCAUUACCAGAACUACUAAGACACAACAUUGAUAGUCAGCUGAUUAAUCUACCAGAUAAUAAAAUUGAUAGUCAACUGAUUAAACUACCAGAUGGUGAAAAAAAAUUAACUCCAAUCAAAGACUUAUGGUUUGAUGAUACUCCCUGGCUGAAAUGCAGGUCAAAAAACAUCAAGCCAUUACAUGAGAAGUUUACGCAACGUGUUGCAAGGUCUAUGGGAGUUCAAUCAAAACGUGAACAUACUGUGAAUUCCUUAUCGAAAUCUGAUAAUUUUUUUCAGUUUGGACAACAUGAGGAUUUAACCAAUCGUAUUCAUCGCAUUCUUGAGGGUUAUCCAAGAGAUGAAUCAAUUUUAAAGGAAAUUCUCCAAAAUGCUGAUGAUGCUGGAGCAACAGAGGUUAUUUUCAUAAAGGAUUUUAGGAAUCUUCCGACAAAAUCCAUACCAAAUGAGGAAUGGAGUGAUAUGCAGGGACCUGCUUUAUGCGUUUACAAUGAUAGCUAUUUCACAAAACAGGAUUUGAAAGGUAUUCAAGAUUUGGGUAUAGGAACUAAGAGGGAUGAUAUAUUAAAGACUGGUCAGUAUGGAGUAGGAUUUAAUGUAGUAUAUCAUAUAACGGAUGCUCCAUCAUUUUGGUCAAAAGGUGGAGAAAUAGGAGAGGUUGUCUGCAUUUUUGAUCCACAUUGCAAAUAUGCUUCCAUGGCAACUCAACAGAAGCCAGGGAUGAUGAUAGAUGCAGAAGAUCUGCAAGAAACAUUUGCUGACUUUCACACAGGUUAUCUACCUAUGUUAACUAGGGACAAGGCACAGGGAACUUUAUUCCGUUUACCAUUACGCACAAAAGAAAUGGCAUUAUCAUCCAAAAUUUCAGAUGAAGUAACUAACGAACAACAUAUAGAAGAAGUCAUUGAACUACUAAAAGAUCACGUUUUUUCUUGUAUGAUCUUUUUAGAAAACAUAAAGAAAGUAAAAAUCGGUUCAAUUAGGGAAGAAGAAUUGGUAAUUGAAUAUGAGGUUGCUUCAACAAUGUCUGGGGAAGAUAUAAAAAAACAGAAAGAUUAUAAUGAUUACCUAAAAGAGAUAUCAAUGAAAAUUAAACAGAAGGAAGACGGUGCUUUCAGUACAACACCAAAAGAAAUUUCAAUAACACUACAAAUAACUGAUAACAUGAAGAAGAAAGAAGAUUAUUUGAUUGUAAAGCGAGCAGGAUUCCUCACAAAUUCUCCAUUUUCUGAAAAACUUCAAAAUGCUUAUAAGAAUGGACGACUAAAAAAACUACCGAGAGGUGGAGUUGCAAUUUUUUUGUCUCCAAAACCAAAAAUUACAGGUAAAGCUUAUUGUACUUUACCUCUUCCAGUGGAGACAGGUUUACCUGUUCAUGUGAAUGGGCAAUUUGCGUUGGAUCAUGAGUCUAGGAGAAACUUGUGGAAAGGUGAAGACUCAGUUCAGUUUUUAUGGAAUUUGCAGCUUGGCAAAUCUUUAAUAGUACCAGCCUACAUAUCUGCUCUACAGAAAUAUAAACUGUAUCCUUUGCCAGCUCGACAAUGCAGAACGAAGACAAGAGUUUUAAUUCAAAUGAUCCAACAGUUUGAAUCUCUAUUCCCAAAGAACAGACAUGCCAGUGACAUUUAUUGGAAAGAUUUAGUAAAAUCUAUUUAUGACAAAAUAGCAAAAGGUAGAUCCAACUUGUUCCCUGUUAUUUUAGAUGAAACUUGUAAUUGGUUUAAAAUUAAUUGGGUACCAGUUCAGAUAGAUGAUGACUUUGCUGGUUGUUUUAACACACUUGAUCAAUACUAUAAACCCAAGAAGACAACUCCAGAUGCUACAUUUUACAGGUCUUCAGUCUUGUCUUCUCACAUAGCACACUCAAAAAGUGAUGAAGGAAUUGAACUUACACAUCAACUGGAAGAACUAGAGAACAUUUUGGUCACACUGGGAAUGAAAGUUUUGAAAUCUGCUGGUUGGAUUCGACAAGAAAUUGAAGGAGCUAAAACUGUUAGUCCAGAGUUGGUAUUAAAGUUUCUAAAAUCUCAUGCAAAUCAAGGGCAAUCCAAUGGAUGUAUUUUAGGAGAACUGCCAAAAGAUAUUAAUCAAACUAGAUUUAAAAGCGUAGCUAAUUUGAAGAUUGUGUUUGAGUUUGUGAUGAAAGUCAUUACGGAAGAAUGCUUCCAAAACAGUAGCAAUAAGGAGUCCAAAUCUAUUGAUUUCUUGUAUGGGGCACCACUUUUACUACGACAAGAUCAUCAACUACAUGUUUUUAGUGAGAACAGCGUAGUUACUGUAUCAAAAUUCUGUGAUCUUUUACCGAAAUAUUCAGACAGGUUUCUUUCUCUAAAUAUUUUACCUAUUCUUGAAGACUAUGUUUCAGUAUAUCAACCGCUUAAAGAAUGGAGCAUUGAAGAAUUUGCGGACUGGUUUAAUGGUACAGAUUUACAUCCCUUUAUUGGUCAGGGUAGAGAGGUGUCUUGGAGUAGUGGAAAACCUGUAAGUGAGCCAUGGCUUGUUAUGCUCUGGAAAUUUCUUAACCAUCAUAUACCAAACUUAGCAGAUGACACCAGAUCAAUAUCUUUAGAAAACUAUUUGAACCCAGUUAAAUCCUUUUCUAUACUUCCUGUUAAAACUGUGAGUAACACAUUUCUGUUGUAUCCAUUGAGUCAAGCUAAACAUGUUAUAGACUAUGUACAUCUAUCCUUCUAUGAUAUGCCUGGCAUGCCUGUAUUAGAGAAAACAGAGGAGAUUCUCAAAAACUUAAGGUUUCCAGAGUUACACCAUUUCUCCUUGGAUCUCUACUUCAAGUACAGAGCCUGUGACAUAGUGGCGAAUAUGAAACAUCCAAAACGGAUCCUUGAAGUAUUAUACACUAACAGUAAUUGCUUAGCAUCAAUAGACACCAAAAAAGCACAAACCAUGUUACAAUAUUUUAAUGAGUUUAAAAAUGAAAUGUUGGCUUGUGAGAAUAAAUUAAAACAAUUGAAACUUUAUGAAACACAUGAUGGUGAAUUGAUUACCUUACAUAUGCCAAAACAAUAUAUCAGACUAAGGGAUUCUUACCCACCAGUACCUUCACAAGGUCUUCAACACUGGUCAUCUGUAUCAAAUGUUAUUAUCCUAAAACGUCACGACAAGCUUGAUAAUCUAUUUAAAAUCCUCGGAAUAGAAGAUACUUCACCAGCAGACCUCUACUUAAAAUAUAUUCUUAAGUGGUUUUAUGGCUUUAAUGAUGAAGAACAGUUGUGUCAUUUGAGGUACAUUAGAGACAACCUGUUGACCAAAAUGGAAGAGGGUUUUAAACCCAAAAGGGAGGCGUUAAUUAGAAUGCUAACAGAAGUCCAAUUUAUUUCAUACCGAAGUGGAAAAACAGUAGCCAAAACCUUCUAUGAUAAUAAAAAUAAAGUAUUUCAGGUGAUGCAUGAAUUACUUGACUUUCCACCACCACCAUUUAAUGACCCUACAUGGAGACAAUUCUUGAUUCACGCUGGAAUGAUAUAUAAAGUGUCAGAGGAAAAGUUUGUCUUUUUUGCAGAAACGAUUGCCAAAGAAGCACUUUCUAAUGGUGUAACGGACAUAUUAAAAAAUCAAUCACAAGUACUUGUCAAUUUUCUGUUUCAAAGCAAACAUCAUAAUGUAGAAAGAAUCUGUGAGAGAAUAAAAAACAUCAAAUUUCUUGAACAAGAGAGUUUACCAGAUGAUGACUACAGAAUAAAAAUUUAUUCACAGUUUGGCAGCUGUAGAAAUUUUAUAGCAUUCCAGGAUUCAUAUGAUUACUCACUUUUUGAUCUAAUUUGGUCAGUGAAAUAUGUUCUAAAAAGAAAAAAUUGUGAUUCAGCAAGACCGAACGAGUUUUAUAUUAAUUGGUUCAAACUGUUAGGAAUAUCAAAAACAGUGGAUUCAACCACAUUCAUCAGAAAUAUGCAAAAUGUGUGUUCAUCUCUGACAGAUAAAUCAGUUCCAAAUAGAAUUAGCUUAGACAACCAGAAGAAGUUAUUUGAAACAUAUUAUCAAUUUCUACAAGAUGAGUUGCCUGAAGUUAGGGAGGAACUUAAGGAUCUUAAAGAUUAUCAUACUAUAUUUUUACCUGAUGAUGAAUUGCUUGUUCCAGCUUCCUCGGUUAUUCUAGAAAGCAGUCCAGACUAUUUUAUCGGUGGACACAUAUUUAAAGCACCAUUAUAUUAUGGCAAAUAUGUUGAUGUCUUUGAGGCACUUGGAGUAAGAAAAUCUGCCAUUCCUGACAUAUAUCUUGAAGUUCUGUGUCGCAUUGAAGAAAACAGUAAUGGUGAGGAAUUAGAUCCAAAUGAAUCUGUCGCUGUUCAACAAUGCAUCAAACAAUUGAACAUUCUAUGGGGAAAGCAUGCAGAUCAGAAAUAUGAGUUGAAAAAUCUGAAAUUGUUUUUACCAAAUCAACGAAAUGUGCUAAAAAAUUCAACUGAGCUUGUCUUUAUAGAUGACGAUUCUAUUUAUCAAAGAACUAAACAGCUUUGUAUUGACUUUUUUAUUGGAUACAAACGUUUGGAAAUGGAGGUACCUGAUCCUAACAGCACUCAUCAUUUCUGGCCAAAAGAGUACCAGAUGAAGAGAUUAAGUAAAAUAGUAACAGAAAGACUAAAUCAAGAUUGUAUUCAAGGAGCAGGAUAUGGUGAGCUGGCUAUUGAAGUGAGUAAAAGGCUAAAACAUGAUGAAAUGCUUAAAGCUUUAGUGCGUUUACUGAAACAUGAUCAACAUAAGGCUGACAUACCAUUUGAUGAUGAAGAAACCAUGAAAAAUAAACUCCAAACCAUAGUAGACAUAAAGGUAUGUGAAGUUAAAAACCUGUCCAUGGAACUUGUCUAUGAAGGAAAGGUGGUACCUAAUAGUGAAUGUAAAAGUUCAGCAUACUUUGUAGAGUCGAGCCAACAAAACAAAUGCACAAAAGACUAUAUUUUAUACGUCAAUCAAGGAAUCACUGUAGAAGGCUAUGAAUUAAUAAAAAAAUUAAUUGCUCUUCUAAAACGAAUUCUCAACAUAUCUAGUGGUAUAGACAGCAUGCUUUUUAAUGCCCUCUGGAAUAUGAAUGUCUCAGAAAUUUCAGAAUUCCUCGAUGAUAAAAACAUUAUUCAUUCUAAUUAUGCUGCAAUAGCAUCCAGUAUAUUUCCUGAACUAGGUAGUGAGAUUCCGGAAGAUCUUCACUUUCUGUUGAACAAUAGUUUUACUGAGUUUUAUGAAGGUGAAUAUGUUGGUUUUGAAGUUUUUGACCCUGAUCUUGAAGAAACAAAAUCUGAAGAUGUAGAAUAUUCACCAAUGUAUGUAUAUGCCAAAAUUGUUAAAAAGGUUAAAGCAGAAACAGAUGAGGAAUUUGCUACAUUCAAUAUAAAUGUUGGUGAAGACGAUUUAAAAGAAGUUUACUUUUUCAAGAUCUACAAGUUCCAUCGAACAAGAAAAAGUAAAUCUAGAACAUUGGAAUUAAGUGAAAAAGUGAAGGAAGAUAAUUUAGAUGGAUCUAGUCAAGAUAUCACAACCAUAUUGCUGGGUAUCCGUAAGACUUUGAUAAAAGCUUGGAAACUUCCAGAAAAAGAAAAAAAAGCAGUCCUUAAACGACUGAUAUUGCUAUGGCAUCCUGAUAAAAAUCUACAUAAUCAAAAAAUGGCAACUGAAAUUACCCAAAAGAUAUUCAUGUAUGUAAAUAGAUUAAAAAAUGGUCUCUCAUUAGAUGAACUUGAUGAAACUGAUGGUCACACAAGUUCAAGUUCCAGUAACUAUUACUCAGAUGAUGAUUCAUAUGGACAUUUCUACAAAAACAUGAAUUCAAGAGGAAGAGGCUAUGCCAGAAACUUCCGAGAUUACUGGUCACAUGAAAGUUAUGAGCAUUACCAUUCCUGGACUCGGACUCGGACUGAACCGAGACCGAUGCUGGAUCAUGCUGUCCGAUGGCUGAAACAAGCUGUAAGUGAUCUAAAAGCAGCUGAACUUUUUCAACAGAAUAUUGGUAAUGAUUUUCAUAAUUGGGUAUGCUACAAAUGCCAGCAGGCUGCUGAGAAAGCUCUCAAAGCUGUUUGGUAUACAAUAGAUGGAAAUAAAGUAACACAUGCUCACAAUGUGUAUCAAGUUGCUUAUGGUUUACCUUAUGAUAACUUAAAAAAACUUGCAUUAGAACUACAAAAUAUGAUUGGUGAUCAUACUCGUAUGCGAUAUCCAGACACACUUAGUUACCCACAAAUUCCAAAUGAUGUAUACAACAAAGAUCAUUCCCAAAGAGGCUGUGAAAUAGCAAGAAAGGUCGUGAAUGGAGCAUCUGAAAUAAUCAAUUCCAAUUAUUCUAGGGGUGCUAAGAAGAAGAGAACAGAGUAAAAUCUAAAUGACAAAUGAACAAAGAGCAUUUGUAUUACUGUGAUUUUUUAAGGUUUUCACAUUUUAGAAAUUUAUAUUUGUAAGUUAUAAUAUUUUAAAGCAAAUAUGUUUUGUUCAUUCUACUAUUUUUAUAGUCUGUCUGUAGCAGGGCAUCCCAACAUUACUAGUGUUUUGCCAUUAGUAUAAUAUAUUGGUAAAAUAUGAGUUCUGAUAUGAAUAUGUUUUGAGAGAUAGAUAUAUUCCGUAAAUUAGAUAUAUAUUUUGUUUUACAUGAAAAAAAAAGUGAUGAUAUAUAUUGUAUAUUGUUGCCCAUGUACUCCAUCCGUCACAAUUCUUGUAUCCCUCUAAGUCAAACUUUUUGUAUUGUUGAGUUUUGUAUUGAUUUUUGAGAGAGUUAUUGCUCUUACAAUCAAAAUUUUGUAAUUGCUCCAAAUGUGGUUAUAUAUAUUGUUGUCACUCCGUAAUAUAUUCAAAGAAUUCUAUUGAAUUCUAUCCGAUUAGGUUGAAAUUUAUGUUUAUUAUUAAAAUUUUGAUAAAUCAACAUGUAUUUCGAAUGUCGAUGCUCCUUCUUGAUGCCACAAGUCGGAAUCUAGUGUAAGUCAGUUAUGCACUUUAAUAACUGUGAAGAAAAUCAACACUGUAAUCAGUUACACUUUAUCCAUACGUUUAAUUAAAAAUGAGAAUGAAAAAUCAAAAGUAAAAAAAAAAAAAAAUUAAAAUGGAGUUUAACGUCCUACUCCAACUGGGUUGAUGAAGACGAGCAUAUGACAUACAGUGCUAUGAGUGAUAUUUUGCCUAGACAGGGGCACUGCAACCUACUCUUAUAUUGAAUUCCAACUGCCAAGGGAUCUUUAACGUGCUCGCCAGUGUGUACAGGACCUUUGUUUUGUAUCCCAUCCAAACGACUAGACAGGCCCUCCAUCCUGCACCACUGACAAAGAGAAGUCAAUUUAAAAAGUAACUGAGAAUUACCAUCAGCUUGAGAUGUGUUUUUGUAUAUUAUUUUCAUAUAUGUUUGAAAUAAUACAUCAUUCUUGUAUGUAUAUUUAUUCAUAUUUUGGUUAUAGUUAGUUAAUUUUUUGGGUCAUUUUCUUUCAUUUUGAAAUAUUGUUUUGCUUAGUAGUAUUUUUUGUUACAAUUUGUAUUUUUGAAAUAGUUUAUUAAACAUACAUUAUGCAAGAGCUAAAUCUGUCUGUUGCAGGUCUUUCUUUAAGCCUGAAAUGUUAUCUAAAUUACUAAUUAGACAUUAAUUAACAUAUUCAGACCAUAAUCAACUCUCAAUGGCAUCGCUAGCCUGCGAUCUUUAGUGGAUUAUGAGCUGAUUUACUGCAUAAUUUUCCUUCAUGAUUUAAUGAUUAAAUGGAUAAUCGAGACUAUGCUAUUUAUCAUACUGACUAAAUUUUAGUUAUGAUUGACGCUAGGCGGAAAUUUCAAUCGCUUAAUUCUCGGUUCAUAGUGGAUCAAUUUUAAUGAAAUUUUCAGCAAAUUGCCUUUACAUUAUCUAGUUUUUAACUAUUAUAGUGAGAACUGCGAACUCGUUAUCUAAUCUCCCAUAAUGUAUCUUUAAUUAAAGUAUUUUGGAAAUAUCAUUUUGUAUUCUGAUAUAUAUUAAUUUUCCAGUAUUUUCUUAUUUUACUGUUCUUAUAUACUACUUUGUCAUUUUCUUAUUUAAUUAUUCUACUUUGUGUUAAUUUUCUCUUGGUUUGGAAGCUUGAAGAUGUUUUGAUUUCAGUAUCCUAUACAAUGGCUGUAUACUUCUUCAUUUGAUUGAUUUCUCUGAGAAAUCCUCAAAAUAUUCAAACAUAAUAAUAGUAAAUGUCUAAGCCUUUUAAGUAAUUGUCACAUUAAAUUGUGUGGAAGAUAUUUAAGAAUGUUAUAGAUAUGAUUAUAAUUUAUAAUGAAGAUAACUGCAUUAGCAUCAUACAUUUUCAUUGUUAAAAAAUAUACAUUCAGCAAGACAAAUAUGUAUUCAGCAAGACAAAUGACAUGAAUAUCGAUCUGUUUAAAACUAUGGGUUGUCUUGAAUAUUUUUCAUUUGUAUAUAAUCUUGUUUGGCUCUUAUUUAUAAAGACAUGAGAUCAGUUAUAUGUGAAGGAGUUUUGUGCUAUAUCUAUAUGAAAUAGUUAAGUAAUAUUUACCUUGUUUUACUGUGUAACGAUAUCCUAUUUAAGUUAUUAUUUGUGUACUGUUUUUUGUGUGAUUUUUAUACGCCAACAUUGAAAUGUGAUCAUAUAUUGUUGUCACUCCUAUCGUCCACCAUUGCUUGUGGACACUCUAGACGAAGAAGCCUGUUGAUUUUCAAUCAAUGAUUUCUGAUAAUUACUGCCCAAGUUAUGGCUCUUGAAAAAUAUAGGACCCCCUCAAGAGGAGGAUGAAGUUAAUACUGAAUCUGAUUGACUUCAAAAUGUAUACACAUAUGAUGAAUGAGCCUAUUGAUUUUCAACGAUUUCCGAAAAUUACUUCCAGAGUUAUGGCUUUUGACCCCUGUGAAAAAUCUAAUGGAUGCUCUGAAGACCAAAGUUAUCCUUCGAUUGACUUUGAAUUUAUACAGUGUUUGAUGUCAUGGGCCGAUGAUGCCUAUUUACAUUCAACGAUUUCUGAUAAACUAAAAAGCUAAAUUCAUGAGAUUACACAUUUUGUUCACUGAACUAGAACCCAAACAAAUUCUGAUAAUAAUUAAUGGGUUGUUACUUGUAAUAAGAAUUUAGUGUUUUCCUUACCGACAAAAGAAAAAAUAUGCAACAACCCUUGUUGACUUGGCUGUGGUGGGCAUUGUUUCAUUGCCUGAUAAAAUUAUCUUUGUGUGAUUUUUUUUGUUUAAAAACUAAAGUGGAUUAUAAUAUUACCCAUGCACAUUGAGCAGAUAAGGUGACUCAGUAUUUAGAUGUUUAUUAUGUCAAUUUGAAUAUUUUAUUAUAAUAAAACAUAUUAGGCAACACAAAUAAAAUAACUUGUUUCUCGGGCACCGCCCGCACGCAAAAUUGGUUGCGCGUGCAGUCUAUUUAUUAGUCUUGAUGAAAAAAAAUAAAUAUGUAACGCCCGCCCGCACAUCGACAAGCAAGUCGUAAAAAAAAUAUCCCGCAUGUACCUACAUCCGCCAUACAUGUAUAUCUAUUCAAAUGUAUUAAAACUGAUUCAGAUGAACAUGCUGUCUUUUUUAUCCGAACAAUGGCGAAGUUUGGCAGAUUUGCCUUUUUUAUUGAUAUCGAAAGAACCUCCAUUUUGUAUCACGUGAUAUUAAUUACCUCCCCUGAUAAACUAGAAUUUGAUUCGUGUUAAAAGUCAUUGGCGACAAUAUUUCAAUCAUUCGAUCGUAAUCGGCUCAUUAUUGCCGGCUUCAGUCGGUCCUUGUUUGGAAAAUCCUAUUGAUAAAAUAAUGAACCGUAGAACAGGUUAAUUAAUUAUAGCUAAGAAUACGAUACGAUGACGAUAGUCGUCAUAAUGCAUACCUUAGAAUCUGGGUCAUUAUUAGCACAUUUACGGUAGUUUCGAUAAUCCGGAAAAUAAUAAUUGGAUUACCGAUUUGAUGGUUUUACUGACCAGUUGUUAGUUAGAUUUAAAUAGUCAUUCAAUAUAAACACCGGAUAGAACACCGAAUAUCCUGAGAAACACACCGAAUAUCCCAAGAAACAGUAUUUCCGGCAAUCUCCAAUACCGAUGACACGGUGUGACAUGCAUUGGUUGGAAUUCGGUAAAUAAUUAUAAAUAAACCGGCGAUACUAGAUUUAGUUUUAAAUACUGUUUACCAUGAUUAUUAUUUUUGAUACACCUGGUGAAAGAGGCUUAGUUUUUAAAAAUAUUGUUGUCUUUAUGGAGGGCUAUUACAUAGUCGUAUGGAAUUUUAUUUUAAACCAAUUUCAAUUAUGUGAAUUAAAUAUGGAAAAUUAUUUUCCUUUCAGUCAGUGUUCAGUCUCAGUGUUUUAGUAGACUUGAUUUUGGGUUUAUGUUUUAAGUAUGUACAAUAAAGUUGAAUAUAACGGAAAGCAAAAACGUAAACAAGUAAUGACUUUCUCAUUUAAAAAAAAAAAAAAAAAGAAAGACCGCCCUCCCGCCCCAACAAUUUUCAGCAAUAGCCAAAUUUUAUUUUGCACCAUCAAUGAGUAAAAAAAAAAAAGAAACCGCCCUCCCUCCCUACAGUUUCAGCUGUCAGUUGCCCGAGAAACAAGACAUUUAUUUUGUGUGGCCUUAUAUUUAUGUUUAUUUUAAGAAAUCUGUACUGAUCAAUAUGCUGUUACAAACAGAUAUAUUUUUAACAGAAGUGUGUUCAAGAAUUGCUUGAUUUCUGGGGGAUUACCUGAUAAUUUUAUAAAAUCAAACUCUGAGACAAUUUUUCUGCUGUUUAGGUGCAUACAUGUACAGGAUUAGAGUUGAGUGAGGCUUGCUUGACACAUUUGUUUGUUCAAGGUUAUUUCGAUGAAUGUAGGUGAAAACAUAUUAAACUAAAUCUACAGUGAUUAAUUACCAUGGAUGGCAACCAUUGAUACUGAUAAUAAUUUUAUGACUCUUCAGUUCUUGUUACAUUUUAUAUAUUAAUACAUUGUCGAAGUUAAAUUUCUCUGACCCAUA